AUGGAACAAAUAAAACGACAACUAUGUUAUAAUUUCGAAGAAAAUAAAAGAAAAAAGUUCAUAACAAAAUCAGAUUGUAAUGUUACACAAAUUGAGGAUCUUGCUAAUGAACUUCUUUAUGACAUAUUUGAAUAUCUCAAUUCCUAUAAUAUUUAUCAAAGUUUUUUUCAUCUUAAUCAUCGAUUUCGCUCUCUUCUUGUCGAAUCAUUACUUCCACUCAAAAUUCGUAUUCCUCUUAUAUCUUCAUCAUCCUUUGAUUCCUACAAUCAAGAUAUGAUUAUGCCUAAUAAACAACGUAUUCAUUCAAUUCAAAUCUUCAAUACUUUUAUGUAUGAUGAUGAAGCACUUUCAUUAUCAAACAAAAUAUCUCUUCGCACACUUAUUCUCGAAAAUAUCGAGUCAGAUCGUCUGAGAAACCUUCUUAAUCAAUUAACUUCGUUAUCUUAUUUAUCUUCAUUGAGCAUUGUCACCGUUGAUCCGGUUCCAUAUAAAAAUUAUAUUUAUCGAGAAGUAUUUCAUUUACCUUUGUUACAAUUUUGCAAAUUAUCAUUAGGAAAUCAUUAUAGUUUACACUUAUCAACAUCUCCUGUCAACGAACAAAGUUCAAUCGAACAUCUUAUUAUUGAUUAUGAAAUAAGAGAUUCCGAGCUAAAUAAUUUCCUUUCAUGUGUUCCUCAAUUACGUCGUUUCUCUUUAAAAUUAUCAAAAGAUUAUAGAUCUACAUCAACAAAUAUACCUUGCUAUGUUUUGAACAAUUUGAUACAUCUUUCUCUCAAACUUAGUUACAAUAUACCAUUCGCUACAUUGGAAUAUAUUUUUAUCAAUCACUUUCCUUUUAUUGAAAUUUUAUGUAUAUAUGGAAAUUUAACAUCUAUAGAUGCAAACAAAUGGCGACAAUUAAUAUCGAUGCAUUUGCUAAAGUUACGUAUAUUUGAUGUUAUGUUUGAAAUAGUUCUAUAUAAUGAUAAUCAAAAAGCGGAAUAUGAAGAGCAAGUUAAACUAUUUCAAUCUUCAUUCUGGAUUGAACGACAAUGGUUUUUUCAUUCCCGGUUGGAUCAAAAACUACAUUCAAAUCGGAGAAUUUUGUUUACAAUAAAUCCAUAUAGGAGAAAAGAAUAUGAACUACACGGUGAGACAACUGCCGAAGAUGAAAAUCAAAUAAUUUUUAAAUCAGUUGACCUUGUUCAAAUUCAAAAUGAAAUGGCAAUAAAUCAAUGUAUGGAUUAUUUUCCAAAUGUUACUACACUGACUUUAUCAGAUGGCUUUUCGAUAUCGACAUAUAGAUCAAUUGCAAGCGGUCUCAAUCGUAUUUUACCUUUACAACAAAUAAAAACUUUAGUAAUACAAUGUCACCAUUUUAGUUUUUUGAAAAUGAUCAAAUUAUUAUCUUAUAUACCUAAUCUUCAUAGAUUAACAUUUCAAACAAUGCCUCUUUUUAAAGAGAAUAAAAUAUCCAUUGAACAAAAUGAACAAUUUCAAUCGUUAUGUAAGACAAAUUCUGUUGCAACUGUGACUUUUCGACAGAUAUGUACACUGGACAAAGUUCAAAUACUUAUUAUAUUAUUUCCUCAUUUACAACAUCUGGUUAUGAAUAUCCAAAUGAAAGAUAUGGAAUUGAUAUUACGAUUUCUUCUGAACAAAAAUAACCAUAAUCUAGUUUUAUUAAGUUUUAAACCUGCCAGUGGAGUGUAUUUUGCACAUUUGAAUCAUCUAAUCAGGUCUGGAGCAUUAGCUUCGGAUCAUAGAAGAUUGCAUGCCUAUAGGGAAUUACAUUUGUGGUGGUAA